UCUGCACGUUGUUCCAAGAGCUGAAUAUAAAUUGUUUGAUUCAUGGCAUCUUCACAUCACUAUCAAUCAUGGGAAACUGCAUUCACACAUUGCUCUGCAAGCAUGCAAACAAGGUUACAGAUGUCUGGUCGGAUGAUGAAGCAUCAACAGAAAAGGCCAAGGAGUCACCUCAGGAUGCAACUGAGAGCAAAACUGGGAGAAGGCGGUGCAUAAAGAUCACUCUGACAAGGAAAGAGCUCGAGCUGCUGCUGCGACAAAAUCCUCAAGGCGUUUCGUUUCAGAAGAAAUGGAAACCAUCUUUGCAGACAAUAGUAGAGGUAGAUAACUUUUGAUAGUCUGUUUCGCUGUAUAAUCUCGCUGUGGCUUGAAGCUGAAGUAGCAGGAGGGAGAGAAGUUUUGAUAACAACUCAGUCUAGUAGUUGUAAAUUUUGUGUUCAGAUGUUGUGACUGCUAAUAUGUAAAGUUACAGUUCUUGUAAUGGUUUGUUUUUGGAAACCUAUUACUAAAGAAUGUCAGAGUUAUUCUGAUGGUUAAGUGUUUUUGUUUAAAAUCUUAAUGUUAAUCAAUCACUUGUGUGGUAAUGAAAAUGUGGAGUUUUA